UAGGAGGUAUCGAGUUUACAGGCCUUAAGCAUUAAGUAGGCCUUGGCUAGUUCAUAAACAAAUGUAACACAAUUUGCUCGUGGUUUUCGCCGGCUAAGAUGUCCUUCUGAUUUGGUCCGAAUUAUCUUUAAUUGACAACAUUAGUGUCCAUUAAGAUGGCUUCAAAAUUCUACAACUAUAUAAAAUUAGUACAAACUGCAACACCAUAUGCUAAGCGGAUCGAACAACUAAGCUCAAGAAUAUUUGGUGAAGUGGCUAGACCAACAUCUGCAAAAUCGUUGAAGGUUGUUGAUAUGUUUAGUUCUCAACCCACUGAACAACGACCAGACAUAAAGAACUACUACCCCCGCCAUGUUGAGAUCCAUGUUUUGAUGAGAAAUCUACGGAAUUAUGGUUUAUUCAGAGAUGAGCAUCAGGACUUCAAAGAAGAAAUCACACGUCUUCGUGAAUUGCGAGGUAAAGGAAAACCCAAGAAAGGUGAAGGCAAACGAUCGAAGAAGUGAUCGACGUGUAAAGGGAACAGGAAGCAAUGAACCCUGAUUUGAAGUUUUGGUACGCUUCGCGUUAUCACGAGAUGGCUUCAUGCGGAAGAAUGGCUAACUAAAAAGUCUCGUACGUAAAAAUUUAGCAUCAAACAGCAGUUGCAUUUAGGAAACAGUUUUGCCUUUGUGGCAAAUUAGUGAACAAUAAUGCUAUUACCCUUCGAAAUUCGGUUGGCAAUAGACCUUUCCUAAAAUCAA